GAUUUGUGUAUGUAAACAUGAAGGUUGAAUUUCUUGAAUGUAAAUUUUAAUAAUUAUUGUUGAAGUCUUUUUCUUCACUGAAUACAUUGAUCUUUAAUAUCUGAUAAUAUCAAUUUAUUUUGAUGGUCUUUUACUUUUUUUAAUUGCAUCAUCUCGUGAUGGUAAUGAAACGUAGGGUAAAGAUCGAUGAUCGAGAAGGUGGAAAUAUUGAAGUUGUGAUAUUGCAAUCGAAGAAAAGUGGCCACAUCCUAUAGGUAAUGCUAUGCAUAAACUGAUGCAUGUGCUCGGAUUUUACCAUGAGCACUAUCAUCAUAAUCGGGACAUAUUUUUGAAAGUUAGAAGCGGUAACAAAAAUUAUCAGAAGCAGCUAGAAUCGGAUACUGUCUGUUAUGGUCCAUACGAUCCCGAAUCUAUUAGGCAUUACUCUCUAGGAAACUGGAGGACUAGGCUUUUCCGGAGAAUGAUUAAUACACAAAGUAUAUACAAAAAAAUAAGGAGAUCUUAGAACGCACCUUCAGUAGUCUCACUAGGGAACAUAUAUUUACUUGACUUACCAUCCCAAUGUCACGCAUUAUAUUGAAAAAAAUUAGUAAGAUAAUUAUUACGAAAAC